CAAAAUGGCGGACAGAAUUUAAAAAUAGUUAUAACAUGACUGAAAGCGUUCCCUCCUUUAACGUUACUGCAGCGUUUCACUCGCAGCUCAACACUUUAUGUAUCCGAGAAUUUCCUUGUGGCUAUGGCAGCUGGAGAGCGCCCAAUGUCAGCAGUAACGUAAGUUUGAAGAGUACUGGUAUACUGAAGGGUACGAGGUCAUCUGCAACAGUACCAGCCAUGUUAGCAGAAAACAGUGCUGAGUUAGAGACGGUUGAAAAUCUUCAAGAGCUGGCUGUGAAGAGUCCUUAUGAUGUGGACUGUACUUGGAGCAGUGAGGCUGAGAGCUUGCGUGAAAUUGCUGUUAAGACACCAGAUAAACUUACAGAAGCCUUUAUUCUUAAAUUUUUUAAGUCCCUUAGAAUUGUUGAUAAGAAGGUAACUGAUAUUGAUGAUGGUCUUCUUCAACUGAAAAAUCUUAAACAACUUACCUUGAGUGCAAAUUUAAUCAGGAAUAUUGAUUCAAAGAGACUUCCAAAGGGAUUAGAGGAGUUGGAACUAGCAGCCAAUCAAAUCUCAGACAUAAAUCCUUUGUGUGUAUGCCCCCCACCCCUUAUUCAUUUGGGACUCAGCUACAAUCUGAUUUCUUCUAUCACAGGACAUAUGAAAGCAAAUUCAUGGCCACACCUUUUAUCUUUGGAUUUAAGCUUCAAUAAUCUUGCAGAUUUAUACCACACCAUCAAUGUGCUUAAAACUCUACCUAAACUGAAGAAUCUUGUUCUUCAAGGAAAUCCUUUAGCACUUGUACCAGGUUACCGUGGUUAUGCAAUUGACUCCAUUCGUCAACUGACGAUUCUGGAUGAUAUCAGAAUAUCAGCUGAUGAAAAGCAUUUCUUUAAAGGGCUCUCUAAACUGAAAGAUGUUCCUGUUGAUGAAGCUCAGAUAAUGGUGUCCAUCAAGACCAUUAAAGGUGUUAAAGUACCUCCAGAGAUUGAGGAUCCUGAAAUAAAUGCAGACUACCCCAAGACUGAACACAGAUAUCAUGUAGAAUUCCAAUUCCUUAAAACUGAAUCCACAACUGUGUUGUGCCAAUCACCUGCUUUGUCAGUACCAACCAUCUCCAUCACUGGAGAUGAUGCAGAGAGUGAAGCCCUGGAAGAAGGCACAGUUUGGAAUGAGGAUAAUCAAACAUAUAAAAACUCUGGUUUGUUGCAAUCAGUAGCAACAGGAAGUUUACCAUGGAACGAGGACUGUAUAGAACUGGACUAAAGCAAGAAGUUCCACACUCGUUUGUUGGUCCCACUCAGAGACUUCAUCAAAGAUGGAAUAAAUUUCACUGUCGUAAAGACCAAACACAUGUAUGUUGUGGAGGAUCCUAAUGCAACAGCUCAGCAUGAAGAAACCAAGCUACCAGCUUCAGCAAAAAGUAGACCAGGAAGUAAAAUACAGAAAGCUCCCAGCAAGGAGAAGAGGAAAGAGUCAGCAAAAGCAAGGGACAAGGCUAAAGAUGGAAAAGGCAGGAAAAAUAAACAGGAUGAUAUUGAGUUAUUUGAGCUACCCAGAACUCGCUACAUACUGGGAUCUUGUAAUGUUCCACUGAAUUCUCUACUGGAAGGAGAACUGGAAGUGGAGAUUGAGAGUGUAUGUGAAGGAAGAGAGGAGACUGGUGAUAGUGAUAAAAAGGAUGCAGCGUCUGGUACUAAGUCUGAUGUCAGUGAAAAGAAGAAGCAAAGUAAAGACUCUACUGAUAAGUCAUCCAAAGGAAACCCACGUGCAGGUUCUCCAGGAAAAGCAAAAGGUGGCCGUGGAAGGUCAAGUAAAGAUGAUAAAAAGACUAAAGAAAAAGAUAAACAGGAGGAAAAUUUGGAAGGCGAGGAAGAAGCAACUCAUCUGCCACCAUUAACAAUACAAGUGCAGAUCAAACUACACAACUGGAAAUCUGCCAGGGAAGCUGUUCAAGAGUUUUUACCACAAGGCAUCCCUUCGCAUGCAGAGCAGAACUAGGGUCACCUCCUUUUGCCCCAUUA